AGGUGGAAGGGCUGUCAUUCCCAUCAUCAGCGUGUGGGCUAUUAGCUGGAUUUGUCGUUGGCAAUGGAUGCGUGUAAAUGAAAAUACAUCUUUGCAUCGUUUGGGCUGCCUGACCAUGGCUUCUGAAUGCACCCAAGAAGCGGUUUUACGUUUUCUAAUUGAAAAGGGGGGGAGAGUCAAAAACAGAGAACUGAUUGACCACUUUAAAGUAACUGUUUCGGGUGAUCCAUCAUCGAAAGCGACGUUUAAGGAGACGUUAAAACGAUUUGUGGACAACAUUGCUUUUGUCAAGCAGGAAAAUGGGGAGAAAUACGUCUGUUUGAAGAAAAAAUAUAGAGAGGCGGUGACCCAAACAGUCGAGCGAGAUGAUGGAGAAUGCAAUGGAAAUGGUCUCCCUGCGGAUGGGAUUAUUCUAUCCAAGCGGAAUGGAAGCUGCUGCGCCAGUGGUGCUACAUGCGACCAGGAAAACGAAUCAGCCCCUGAAGUGGCAGAUGGAAUAGGUGAGGAGACAGCUCCGUCCUCUGAAGUUCAGUCAGCCCUCAACCUGGACCCAUCCGCUAAUGAAAACGAAUCUGAGCACGUCGUCUUCAGAGGUCCGACAAUAUCUGGAGUCAAUCGCCGCCGAACAUCGAGGGGCUCUCAGCGGAGUUUGCUGGCCCUUUCCGAGGACAUGACGAACGAAUCUGUGUUCGACACUGGCGACAGCAACACCCCCAAAGGCAGCAGAAAGAAUUUCAUUGAACUCAUGAUGAGCAGCUCGCCUCAAGUCCGUCGCACCCUGGUGCACAGAAACUCUCAAACCAACAUGUCCGUGACAAACCGGGAAUCUGUCAGAAGCGAGGGAGACACGGCGUCCCUACUGUCAGGCGAGGGUGACUGCGCGUCUGUGACGCUGGAUCCCCUGGAGCACGAGUGGAUGAUGUGCGCAUCCGAUGGACAGUGGGAGAGCCUUCAGAGGCUCCUGGUCUGUGAGGCAAACCUCAUCACCAAGAGAGACUUUGUGACUGGCUUCACUUGUCUGCACUGGGCAGCUAAACAAGGCAAACCAGAACUCCUCGCCAACCUGGUCACUUUUGCAAAAGAGCAUGACAUUCCAGUCAAUAUUAAUGCACGGAGCAGUGCCGGAUACACACCUCUGCACCUGGCUGCUAUGCACAAUCACGUGGAGGUGAUGAAGCUCCUGGUGGGGGCCUAUGAUGCAGACGUGGAGAUGAGGGAUUACAGUGGUAAGAAAGCCUCCCAGUACCUCAGCAGCAGCGUGGCCGGGGACCUGAAAGACAUUGUCGGCGGCACCAGUGACUCAGAUGUGGAGAAUGCAGAGAGUGGGGCCGGCUGGUGGAGACUGGCUAAGGGCCUGCCCUCCAAUUUGAACCCUCUCAGGCUGCUGAACCAGGCUGCUGAUGAGGCCCAGUGUGACAGUGGGGGGGCGGUGGCAGUGAGGCCCAGGUCACUGUACAGGAAAACAUCCAUUGGGAGGAUCAAGCUGAACCGAAACCGCUUCAAGACCCAAAUAGUGCACAGCACGUCGUUCCGAGAGACAGACGAAGGAGAAGGGUCCCUCCUGAGUCCAGUGAAAUCUAGACCUAUGUCAAACCUAUUUGGCUGAAGAAGUUUAUGCACUACAGACAAAAGUGGUUAUUAAAAUACCUCAGAAUAA